UCACUUUGCCUUCCAGCAACCAACAGCAGCAGCAGCAGCAGCCAAAUCAAUCCAAAUCGAAAUGGCAUUCAAGUUCAUCGCCCUCUUCGCCCUGAUUGCCGCAGCCAGCGCCGGUGUUCUUCCCGUCCAGCAGGUGUACCACGCCGCCCCCGCCGUGGCCACCUAUGCCCAUGCACCUGUCGCCGUUGCCCACGCCCAGCCUGUUCUGGCCAAGGCCGCCGAGGAGUACGAUCCCCAUCCCCAGUACAAGUACGCCUACGAUGUCCAGGACUCGCUCUCUGGAGACUCCAAGAGCCAGGUGGAGGAGCGCGAUGGAGACGUGGUCCGCGGAGAGUACUCCCUGAUCGACGCCGACGGCUACAAGAGGACCGUCCAGUACACCGCCGACCCCAUCAACGGAUUCAACGCAGUCGUGAACCGUGAGCCCCUGGUCAAGGCCGUCGCUGUUGCCCCAGUUGUGAAGACCGUCGCCGCUCCCGUUGCCCACUACGCCGCCCCUGCUGUCGCCCACUACGCUGCUCCCGCUGUGGUCAAGACCGUGGCUCCAGUUGCCCACUACGCAGCUCCAGCUACCUACACCUCCUACGCCGCCCCCGCUGUUGCCUAACACCACUAAGAACUGCCACUUUACGUUUCUCAACCCGUUACUGUUAUAGUUUUACAACCACCUCCUACAAAUACACACAAAUACUAUUUACAAAACGCUUUUAUGAUUCC